AUGGUCUACCGAAUGAUUUUCAACGUUGACGGCGGCUGCCGGCGCAACGGACGACCAAGUGCAAUCGGAGUGGCUGCGUGCUGCCGCCAGAGCCCCCACGGAUGGCCAGCGCAGCCCCGAAGCCGUGUUCUCUCUCGACAGCAAGGCAAACCUCGUCCUACCAAUCAACGAGCCGAGAUCACCGCCAUCAUAAUGGCGCUGGAGUGGGCCCUCCAGCGAUACAAGACAUUGCACAGCAAUCCCAAGCUUCGAAUCACCAUCAAGUCGGACUCGCGGUAUGCAAUCCGAUGCAUGACUAAGUGGAUCUACAAGUGGUCUAGAAACGGAUGGCGGAACGCGAGAGGUUUCGAGGUCAGCAAUCGGGAUCUCAUUGAGAGGGCCUCUCGCCUGGACGAUCUCGUCAGAGACCUGGGCUCUGUCAGAUACGUCUGGAUCCCCAGAGAGGAGAACAAGGUCGCUGAUGAGCUAUGUAAUCAGAGAUUGGAUGAGGAGGAUGGCCGGUAG